AUGGCUGCAAAACAAUUUGUUGCAGUACUGUUUCUGACUCUGGUUUUAAUAUUUGCAAAUGCAUCAGCUAUUCCAUCAAACAGAAUAAAGUAUUUGAAUAUCAUCAAAGAAGUGAACAAAAAAGGGCCUUACCUUGGUCUCGUUACUGUUUAUCCCCCCGAGGAGAAAGCUUUUUCGCAACUCAGGCCUUUAAGCCUGAUGGGAAGCAUCCUUUUGUGGAUCUCUCAGAUUUUUCGGCUGGGUGUUGCAGGACGACGGUUCCGGAUCGGAAAGGUUCAGGGAAAGAAAGUUAUCUAUGUAAGAUGUGGGGUUGGAAUGGUCAAUGCAGCUUCCGCAACACAACAAAUGUUGGAUAUGUUUGAUAUAACAGGAAUAGUCCAUUUUGGCAAUGCUGGCAAUGUAAACAAUUCCAUGUCCAUCGGAGAUGUUUCGAUCCCCAAACAGUUUGCUCACACUGGAAUCUGGGAUUGGCUGAAUCCUAAUGGAACACUGCCCACCAAUGAUAUUGCUGAAUUGGACUUCGGAAGCUACAACGAACCAACAGGAGAUGGGAUGAAUCUGUUGGGAAAGAUUGGAUAUAGUUAUGAGCAGUUCUUUUCUGAGUUAGGGAAGCCUAAUACUGCCGUACCACUAUUUUGGGCACAAAUAAGUGAACAAUGGCUCCAGCUUGCCGUUGGCUUGGAGGGGAUGGAACUAGAAAAGUGUGUGAAUUCAAGUGUGUGCCUUCCACAAAAACCUAAGCUAGUCGUUGGCCUCAAGGGUUCAACAGCUAAUAUUUUUGUGGACAACGCAGCUUAUCGGGAUUUCCUUUAUCGAACUUUUGCAGUUUCAUCAGUGGAUAUGGAGAGUUUUGCUGUAGUUAUGACAAGCUUGUCCAACGGGUAUCCUGUGAUUGUCAUCCGAGGGCUAUCAGAUUUAGCUGGAGGACAGGCAGGACAGAAUGCAAUUCAGACAUUUGGGCCCUUAGCAGCUCGAAAUGCUGCCCAAGUUGUUGUCAAAUUUAUCGGAGAUCUUUCUUAA